AGUGAGUAAACUUUGGGUUCUCAAGACAAACUACUGAAAAAACAAGCACUGACAUGCAAAAGUACAUGGUUAGGACAGCGACAGGGCUUGGCUCUUCAUGUGGAGCAUGCAAGUUCCUCAGGAGAAAGUGUACUGCUGAUUGCAUAUUUGCUCCUUACUUCUCCUAUGAUCAGGCUGCAACCCAUUUUGCAGCAGUUCACAAGGUUUUUGGUGCUAGUAAUGUCUCUAGGCUUCUGCUACACCUACCAGUGCAGAGCAGAAGUGAUGCAGCCAUCACUGUGUCCUACGAGGCACUCGCUCGGAUGCAUGAUCCCGUAUAUGGUUGUGUUGCUCAAAUCUUUGCCCUACAGCAACAGGUUGCAAGCUUACAAGAUGAAAUAGAUAAACUUAGUAAUAUGAUGGCCAACUCUCCUGUUGGUGCUGCCAUUUCUGGUGGCAGUUCUCAAGCCUCAACAAGCAGAAACACAGAUGGGAUAGAUUUUACUUGGCAGCAAGAUGCAUCAAAUACACAACUUUAUCAUAAUCAAUUAUCUACUCUGUUUUCUCACCAAGAAAGUGGUGUAGCCUACCAAGGCUUGGAAGGACAGGUGAAUCUGGGUUUUCCAGAUACUCUUCAAUUUGAAGACCAUGUAUUUGAUGAGUCCGACCCUAAUUCAUUAGAGAAGCUCCUAUCAGGAAUUGACCAACAGGUUUUCAUCAAUCAUCCUUGAUCCUAAAUCCAACCACUUCAGAAGGUUAAAAUAUCAAUAGAACAUCAGCUUAUCACGUGCAGUACUUUACAUGAUAGGACUGCUUAAAAUCGAGCUCUGUUUUGAGUUUUGACAGCCGCCUCUCGUUUUAGCUAGCUUUAUCCCACUUUUGUGCUCCAAAUCACCCAUUAUUUGCAGA